AUGUUACUGCGAUCUUACCGUCGUCCAUCCCUCCAACGCCGUGUCCUUCGGCUUCUCCUCUAUAUCCUGCUCGCACUCUUUGUCCUAGACUUACUCACCAUCCUCAAACACCACCGCGAAUUCACCCGUAACCUACUCAGCCACACAUAUACAUCCCCGUCCGUUCUCCCGACCCCGAUACAGAACCAAAAGAUCUUCAUCGUUGCGCAGUUCUGGACCAACGCACGUGUCAUCUCCGAGCGAUGGGGCCAAGCUCUCCUCGAUCUGGUCGGAGUAUUGGGGAAGGAGAAUGUCUUCGUGAGCAUCUACGAGUCAGGGAGUCUGGAUAACACAAAAGAAGUCCUAAAAAUGUUGGACGAUGUGCUCGGCCAGAACAACGUCCCUCAUCAGACCGUGUUGGAUCCGAUUACACAUGCAGAUGAAAUCAACGCCGGUCCGCUCGAUGAGCAGGGAGUUCCUCGGCAGGGCUGGAUCCAAACCACGAGUGUGGGAACGCAAUGGGGCAAAGAGUUGCGAAGGAUACCAUACCUCGCUCGCCUGCGGAAUAUAUCUCUAAAUCCUCUCUUCAGACUCCGCGAUGAACAAGGCCAGAAGUUCGACAGGAUUCUUUUCCUCAAUGAUGUCGUCUUCCGCCCACAGGACGUCCUUACACUGUUAGCCACGAACCAAGGUUCCUACUCCGCCGCGUGUGCUCUUGAUUUCCACUUGCCGCCGGCCUAUUAUGAUACCUUCGUGCUCAGGGAUUCUGAACGUCUGGGCACAAUUCAAAGCAUAUUCCCUUACUUCCGUUCUCAAGAGUCUCGCGAGUCCAUGCUCAAGGGGCUCCCGACGAAGGUCUCAGCAUGCUGGAACGGGAUGAUUGUGAUGGACAGCACACCUUUCUACGACGGACUCCGAUUCCGUGCGCUGAGCGAUAGUCUUGCCAGCAAGCACCUCGAAGCGAGCGAAUGCUGUCUCAUCCACACAGACAUGAACCUCACUUCUCCCGGCUCCGGUGAUCGGAUCUAUGUCAACCCUUCGGUGCGUGUAGGUUACACUGUGGAAGCCUACAACACCACACACUCCGGCCCAGACGAGAAUUUUGUUUCUGCGACCCAAUACGUCACUGGGGUAUGGACGAAUCGUCUUAGAAGGAACAUCUUGCCACGCGAGACGAAAACCAUGAAGGAAGUUAAAAGGAAAAUGGAAAGGUGGGCCAAGGAAGGAGAGAAUUCUCUGGAAAAUCGAGAGGAGACUGGCGGUCAAUGUGUCAUUGAUGAGCAGCAUAUCCUGAUCUGGAAUGGGUGGAAGCACGUAUAA